AUGGCAGACGAACGAGACACGGAAGCACUUAUGGGCUGCACGGCCGCCAGGAAGUCACAGAGAGGCCACUUCGGUAGAUGCUACACAGAGGACAAUGGCACCAUUGGCGUGAUGGUGCGCGAAAAGCGCGCGGUACAGGAAAGUCUUGCCUAUAAUAGAUGGACGACAUAUAAGAGGUACAAGAAUGCCUCCCUGUCCCUGCAAGAAGUAUCGCGCAUCGGUCGGAUCCGUCUCUAUCUGCGCGACCUCGUCGAACACGUCAGCCUGGCCCUAACCCAUUCAUCUGCCCACGGAGUUCCUCGAAUUCUGCCUGAGAGCGAGACCUAUGUGGUGGUGGACCCAGCAUACAGCCGUCAGGUGAUUCGUAUACCUGCAGGUGAAUACUUCCAACCCUAG